AUGGAUAGAAUUAGCAAGCUUCCUCUAUGCAUAAUAGAAAACAUCUUAUGUUUACCACCGAUUCAAGAGGCAGCAAGGACAAGUAUCCUCUCUAGGGAAUGGAGGUACCAUUGGAUCAAAAUUCCUAAACUUGCAUUUAUUGAGGAUACAUUUCAAGUAUCGACUGAUGGAGCUGAAUUGUCCGUUUUGGAGCAAACCUUUGACGAACCAAGUGACAGGAAAGGUCCAAUCCAUGAGUUCACCCUUUCUAUGGCAGUAGAUGGCUCCUGUGUUGAGAUUGACCACAUACUACUUCAUUUGUCGAAGAAAAAUACUCUUAAGAUAUUAAACCUUGACCUUAGGGGGAACUAUUCGUUACCCUCAUCUUUCUUCUCAUUACACUAUAUAACGGAACUCCAUAUUACUUCUUGUGUUUUUGACCGUCAACCAUCAUCCAAUGGAUUUCGUAGCCUUACAACUUUAAAUUUGCAAGAAAUAUGGAUCAGUGAAAAAGCGCUUAUGCGUCUUUUAUCAAGUUGUCCAUUACUGAAGACAUUGACUAUUAUGAGUGAUUAUGGAACUAUCGAUGUCUUUGGAGAUUUCACCAUUGUUGAUUUCUUUGAGUGUUUACCAAACAUUGAAUAUUUGUCUGUUUGGUUUUCCAUCUUUUUGGUAAUUUUAUCCAAACUAGGGUUUAUCACCCGCCGCGAUGCGGCGGGGACCUAG